GAACUCUUGAGUUAACUGAAGCUUCUGGUUGGUUAUCAGUGGAGCCGCUGCAUUCAAUCUCAUGGACGAAACAGGAAGCAAAUAGCUGGCCACUAGAGGAGAUAAAUUGAUCAUCAUCAGUGCUUUAUUUGCACUGUGUACCUCUUCCUGCUCACACAGCCCUCUCUGUGCAGCUAUACUGAAGUAAGGCAAAAAGCCAGCUUCCUGGACGUCCCAUUUCAACUCAUGCGACUUGAGACAUCGCUGAGAGCACAUAGCCAGUCUCCUCUCUGAGCAAAUCGACAGUGUGAAGCAUGGCGUGCAGUCAGGGAAAUGGAUCAGGCUUCCCUUCUAAUGGUGACAAGUCCAGGAAGGUUGCACUCGUCACAGGAAUUACAGGCCAGGAUGGCUCUUAUUUGGCUGAAUUCCUGUUGGAAAAGGGCUACGAGGUGCAUGGCAUUGUACGUCGAUCAAGCUCUUUCAACACAGGCAGGAUUGAGCAUCUGUACAAGAAUCCACAAGCUCACACUGAAGGGAAUAUGAAACUACACUAUGGAGAUCUUACUGACAGUACGUGUUUGGUCAAAAUAAUUAAUAAUGUGAAACCUACUGAAAUCUAUAAUCUAGGAGCUCAGAGCCAUGUAAAGAUUUCCUUUGACCUGGCAGAAUACACUGCAGAUGUUGAUGGUGUAGGUACUUUGCGCCUUCUUGAUGCAGUGAAGACCUGUGGCCUUAUUGAGUCGGUAAAGUUCUAUCAAGCCUCAACCAGUGAACUGUAUGGAAAAGUGCAGGAAAUCCCCCAGAAGGAAACAACACCAUUUUACCCUCGAUCUCCAUAUGGUGCAGCAAAACUGUACGCUUACUGGAUUGUGGUUAAUUUUAGGGAAGCUUAUAACCUGUUUGCAGUCAAUGGUAUUCUCUUCAACCAUGAGAGUCCUCGCAGAGGGGCAAAUUUUGUAACCCGAAAAAUUAGCCGUUCAGUAGCUAAGAUUCACCUCGGACAGAUGGAGUGUUUCAGCCUUGGAAAUCUGGAUGCCAAGAGAGAUUGGGGUCAUGCCAAGGACUAUGUUGAGGCUAUGUGGCUGAUGCUGCAAACAGAUGAGCCUGAGGACUUUGUGAUAUCUACUGGGGAGGUCCACAGUGUUCGCGAGUUUGUGGAGAAAGCAUUCAAGCAUAUCGGGAAAACCAUUGUGUGGGAGGGCAAGAAUGAAAAUGAAGUGGGCCGCUGCAAUGAGACUGGAAAGAUUCAUGUGAAAGUUGAUCUCAAGUACUACAGACCAUGUGAAGUGGAAUUCCUCCAAGGAGACUGCAGCAAAGCCAAACAAAAGCUAAACUGGACACCUAAAGUUUCAUUUGACGAGCUGGUAAAGGAGAUGAUGGAAGCAGAUAUGCAACUAAUGAAAACCAAUCCCAAUGCCUAAAAAGGAAGAAAGUCCACUACUCAAGUCUAAGCAGCCAGUGCUAGUUUACACCACCCAAUCACUCCCAAGAUUUGUAAUAUCUAUUACAUAUUUACUUAUGUGCAUGACUGUGCGCAAUCGUUGGAAACCUGUUGGGAAAUUUCUGGGCAUUCUGUUUCUUUUGUUAUUUUAGGCUUUAUUUUGCAAUUCAUUCUAUGCUGCUGAAUUGUGGGGGGUUUUCGUAUUGCUUAUACUGGAGUCGGAUAAAAUAAGAUUGCCUUUUCUAUACCUUUCACAUGUCUAUUGUUUCUCAAUAAAUUGCAUUUCUAU